AUGACUUUACUGCCCUCGACCCUCGCCCAAUCCACCUUGGGCGAGAAGUGCGCAGUUUACCUGGACCAGGUCGCCGACAACCUCCCCGUUCACAUCCAAACUCUCCGCCUCCGAGUUGACCCUAUUCUCACCUACCUGUCGACCACGCUCAGACCAGUCGCGCAAAAGCUCCCAUUCGCCGUCGACGAACAAACACUCGCUCUCUUUGCAGCCCUUAUCGUCUGUCUGCUUACCGUCGUCGCGAUGAGCUGGCGCAACAUCCUGCGCCGCUCCCCGAGCUACGCACCCGCAUCCUCCCCGCAUGUCAGCGAUGCGGACUUCUCCUAUAUCAGGCCCGGCGAAAUAGACGCACCCGCAGCAAGUCCAGACUCGGAACCCGAUGUGAUCCGUCUCAAACACCGCGGGACCAACUACCCACUCCACUUCGAGCCAUACUCAAUUGGCGAAUCGUUGACCGUGGGAGAGCUCCGAGACAAGGCUGCCAGCAUAAUGGGUGUCAGUAGCCCGGACUACGUUAGAUUGUUGUACAAAGGGAAACUGCUGAAGGACAACACACAGCGUUGCCGCGAAGAGGGAAUCAAGCAGCAUUCCGAGGUUAUGUGUGUUGUCUCUGAUUUCGGCCCCGGCAGCCCAAGCGAUGCCUCCGACGACAGCGGACGGCACAUCCCCGUACCAGCGGUGCCCCCAGCCCGCCACAGCGACGCCGAACAAUCAUCGUCUCCUCCGACUCCGCGGGGCAAGAGCGGAAGAAAGAAGAAGAAUAACAAGAAGAAGCCGGUCACACCCCCCGAGCCCGUUGCUCCACCACGGCCAUCUUCGUCAGGCAAUUCGGGCAACCCCGCACCACCUCCCAACAUCAAGUUAAUUCCAUCUCGGCUGGCGCAAGUCAGUGCGUUGGCCGGGUGGCUGCAACAAGAGGUGGUUCCGUUGGUCGAUGAAUACGUGGCGGACCCGCCGACCGACCCCAAGAAGCGGGACUUUGAAUAUAAGAAAUUAUCCGAGACGAUCCUUGCGCAGGUGAUGUUGAAAGCGGAUGGGAUUGAACCAGACGGUGACGCGACGAUUCGCAAUGCGCGCAAAGCGCUCAUCAAGGACGCGCAGGCAGCUCUCAACAAGCUGGACACAAUCGCGAAGCUCUAA